AUGACACUUAGAUUAGGUGAACAAUUUCCAAAUUUUAAAUUAAAAACAACUGGUGGUGAUUUUCAAUUACAUGAUUGGCUUGGAGACAAAUGGGGUAUUUUAUUUUCUCAUCCAGCUGAUUAUACACCUGUAUGCACUACUGAAUUAUCACGUGCUGCAAAAUUAGCACCUGAAUUUGCUAAACGAAAUACAAAAUUAAUUGGUUUAUCAUGUGAUUCAAUUGAAAAUCAUCAUGGAUGGAUAAAAGACCUUCAAGCAUACGGCAGUAAUAAGUCCGAAUGUACUACCGGUGAUUUUCCGUUUCCAAUCAUUGAUGAUAGUGAUAGAAAAUUAGCAACACAACUUGGUAUGAUAGAUCCAGCUGAAUUCGAUAACAAAGGUUUACCACUUACUGCUCGUGCUGUCUUUUUUGUUGGUCCUGAUAAAAAAGUAAAAGCAAGUUUACUCUAUCCAGCAACAACUGGACGAAAUUUCGAUGAAAUUCUUCGUCUACUUGAUUCACUUCAAUUAUCUGCUCGAUUACCUAUUGCAACACCAGUCGAUUGGAAGACCGGUGAUAAAGUAAUGGUACCACCUAAUGUUAAAGAUGAAGAUGUUGCCAAACAUUUUCCACAAGGUGUCGAAAUCAAAAAAGAUCUUCCAAGUGGAAAAGGUUACAUUCGUAUGGCACAAGUCUAA